GGUCAUGCUGCGGGCGCUGCUCCUCCACGCUGCCUGCGUCUCCCUGCUCGGCCCCCCCGGCCAGGGCACGGCGCACCCCGGCAGGAAGAACCCGCCCGGCUUUGCCGUCGAGAGGCGCCGCCUGGGGCCCCACGUCUGCUUCUCCGCCUUCGGCAGCGGAUGUUGUCCCGGGUGGAUGCUGUCCCCGGGCAGCGGGCAGUGCACCCUGCCCCUUUGCCCCUUCGGCUGCGGCCGUGGGCUCUGCAUCGCCCCCAACCUGUGCUCCUGCCCCGAUGGAGAGCAGGGCAUCACCUGCCCAGAGCCCCCGGGGACGUGCGGGGAGUACGGCUGCGACCUGGCCUGUAACCAGGGCGGCUGCCAGGAGGUGGCCCGCGUCUGCCCCCUCGGCUUCGCCAUGGUGGAGACCUCCAACGGGAUCCGCUGCACCGACAUCGAUGAGUGCCUGAGCGCGGCUUGCGAGGGGCGCUGCGUGAACACCGAGGGCGGCUUCGUCUGCGAGUGCGGCCCCGGGAUGCAGCUCGCUGCCGACCGCCACCGCUGCCGGGACACAGACGAGUGCUUGGCCACCCCGUGCCAGCACCGCUGCAAGAACAGCAUCGGCAGCUACCGCUGCUCCUGCCGGCCCGGCUACCACCUCCAUGGGAACAGGCACUCCUGCGUGGAUGUCAACGAGUGCCGGAGGCCCGGGGAGGGCCGGGCGUGCCAGCAUUCCUGCCAUAACACCCCGGGCAGCUUCCAAUGCUCCUGCCGGCCCGGGUACCGCCUCAGCGGGGACAGGGUGUCCUGUGAAGGUUACCCCAAAUCCAUCCUGGCUCCAUCGCCCAUCCUGCAAUCCCUGCAGCAUCCUCCCACCCUGGUCCUGCUCCCUCCUCCCGGCUCCGGAGCAUCCCUAUUGGUGCCCAGGGGCUCCCCUUCAUCCCAGCUCCCCGCUGCGGCUCCCGGGACCCAAUUCCCUCCUUCCUCUCCGGCGUUCCCGGCCACGGAGCCAUCCCAACACGGAGCUCCUGGAUCCUCCACCCCAUCAGCCCCGCGCUGCUGGGACCGGGGCAUCCCGCGGGAUCCCGGUGCCCGCUGGAUGGAGCCGGGAUGCCGGAGCUGCUCCUGCCUGGGGGGACAAGUGCUCUGUGAGGCCGUGACCUGCCCCACGGUGUCCUGCUCCCAUCCAUUGCCUGCUCCGAGCGGGAGCUGCUGCCCCACUUGUGCAGGCUGCCUGCACGAAGGGGUGGCCCGGGCUGAGGGCGACGUCUUCUCCUUGUCCGAUGGGAAUUGCACCGUCUGUGUCUGCCUGGCUGGGAACAUCUCCUGCAUCUCCCCCGAGUGCCCCCCCGGCUCCUGCCCCAGCUCCUCCUCAUCCGACUGCUGCUCCUGCCAGCCCGCCAAGUGCAGCUUUCGAGGUCGGACGUACGCGCACGGUGCCCGCUUCAGCCUGGAUGGGGAUGAGUGCACGACCUGCGUCUGCAGGGCUGGCGAGGUCGAGUGCUCCUUUGCCCCCUGCCCUGCCCUGGAUUGUCCCCAGCACCAGCAGCAGCUGAGCCCCGGGCAGUGCUGCUUCAGCUGCAGGGAACCCCCGGCCCCCACCGGCUGCUUCCUGGAUGACAACGGCGUGGAGCUCCCCGUCGGACAGAUCUGGUCUCCGGGCGAUCCCUGUGAGUUAUGCAUCUGCCAGGUGAAUGAGAACCUGCUCUGCUCCACUCCUCCCCUGGGAACGCCGGGCUCCUCAUGGCCACGAUCCCUGGCACUCCCCAUGGAGGGGAGGGGGGGGGUGUUGAUCCCCAUGGAUUUGGGCAGCCUGAGGUCUCGGUCAAGUGCUUCUCCCCUGCAGGCUGAUGGCUCCGUGAGCUGCAAGAGGACAGACUGCGUGGAGACGUGUCCCUAUCCCAUCCGCAUCCCUGGGCAGUGCUGCCCCGACUGCUCCGCAGGCUGCACCUACAUGGGGAGGAUCUUCUACAACAACGAGACCUUCCCCUCCGUGCUGGACCCGUGCCUCAGCUGCAUCUGCCUGCUGGGAUCAGUGGCCUGCUCCCCCAUGGACUGUGCCAUCUUCUGCACGUACCCCUUCCACCCCGAGGGCGAGUGCUGCCCCGUCUGUAACGACUGCAACUACCAAGGUCGGAAGGUGGGGAAUGGCCAAACCUUCACCCCCGAGGGCCAGCCCUGCACCCGCUGUACCUGCCAGCUCGGGGAGGUGAGCUGCGAGCAGAGGCUGUGCCCCCGGUCCUGCGCGGAGCUCGCUGCGCCCUGCCAGGCUCAAGCCACAGACGUCCGGCUCCCGCUGCAGAGCAGUGACCUGGCCCCAUCCCCAUCCCCAUCCUCAUCUUCCUCAUCCUCAUCCCCAUCCCCAAGCCAUGAGGACACCCCCACUGCAACCCCAACGCCCCCCCAACCAUCCCGCCCCCCCCGGCCUCGCCUGGCCCAGCUCCUGCUCCCCAACACAGCCCCCCCUGGCCCCUCUUUGGGGGGUGCAGGGGCUGGGGAGCCCCCCGAGGCCGCACUGAGCCCCUCUGGGCACCCAUCUCUGCCCCCCAACGCCCCCUCUGAGGCCGGAGCACCCCCGGCUCCCACAGGCAGCCCCAGAGCUCAGGAACCCCCCAGGGACACGGAGCCCUCUGCUGUGACCCCGGCCAGAGGGGAGAGCCCCGGGGCCAUGGCCCCAUAGGGACCAAGUGGCACUUGGUAAGGAUGGAGAGGAGGAGGAGGAAGAGGAAGAGGAGGAGAAGGGGUCUGCAGGACCAGCAGGUCUGGCCCACCAGGCCCCUGGGGUGAUGGGUGGCUGGGGAGGGGGUGCCAAGUAGAUGGGGUGGGCAAUAGCAUCCCGGAUCCCAUGGGUGCAUCCCAGGCCCCAUAGAUGAAUCCUAGCUCUAUGGGUGCAUCCUGGCUCCAGUGGGUACAUCCCAUCUGCCAUGGGUGCAUCCCAGGCCCCAUAGAUGAAUCCUAGCUCUAUGGGUGCAUCCUGGCUCCAGUGGGUACAUCCCAUGUCCCAUGGGUGCAUCCCACCUCCCAUGGGUGCAUCCCAGCUCCCAUAAGUGCAUCCCAGCUCUAUGAGUGCAUCCCAGCUCCAAGGGUGUACCCCAGCUCUCGCAGGUACAUCCUGGCUCCCAUGGGUACAUCCCAUGUCCCAUGGGUGCAUCCCACCUCCCAUGGGUGCAUCCCCCCUCCCAUGGGUGCAUCCCCCCUCCCAUGGGUGCAUCCCCCUUCCCAUGGGUGCAUCCCCCCUCCCAUGGGUGCAUCCCACCUCCCAUGGGUGCAUAGGCACUGCUUCUCUCUCAGGCAGAGGCUGCGUGGUCCUCAUCCACCCUGAGGUGCUGGGGUCCCCCAGGAGCACCCCCUCCAUCUCCCUGGAGCAUCCUUAAGGACCCCCAGCCCCAUAGGCUGGAUCCUCCCAGCAGGAUGGCGCAGGGAAGCCCUGGAGCAUCCCUGGGGACCCCCAGCCCCAAACCAGCCCCCCAAGUGCCCCAUGCACCCCUGGGGUGCUGCUGCCCCAGCUCCUGGCCUGGGGACAGGGGACCUGCCCUCCCUGCCACCAAUAAAGUCACCCUGAUAUUUA